AUGCUCCUCAGUCCUCAUGGACCCCAGCUGGACCACAUCUGGAUCACAGCUGGACCACAUCUGGACUACAUCUGGACCACAUCUAGACCACAGAUCCAUGACUCCCUCUGGUUCGACGUCCAAAAGUUUGUGUCCAGAGAACUCCUAGAUCUUCUGCUGACCCUAAGGCCCCGACUCCACCGGGCGCGUCCAGACGUGGACACGGGUCCAGACGUGGACACGGGUCUAGAUGGGGACACGGGUCCAGAUGUGGUCUCGGGUCCAGACGUGGACACGGGUCUAGAUGGGGACACGGGUCUAGAUGGGGACACGGGUCCAGAUGUGGUCUCGGGUCCAGACGUGGACACGGGUCUAGAUGGGGACACGGGUCCAGACGUGGACACGGGUCCGGACGUGGACACGGGUCUAGAUGGGGACACGGGUCCAGAUGUGGUCUCGGGUCCAGACGUGGACACGAGUUCAGACAGGUCUAGACAUGGACACGGGUCCAGAUGUGGUCCCAGGUCCAGACGUGGACACGGGUCCAGACAUGGACAUGAGUCCAGACAGGUCUAG